AUGUCAAGGGAGAGGGUCGAAGCAGUGGAGCCGGAGAAGAACUUGGUCACUUACAGGGUAAUAGAAGGUGAUUUGAUGAAAGAGUACAAAAGCUUUGUAACCACAAUCCAGGUGACCCCUAAGCAUGGAGGGCCUGGUAGUGUUGUGCACUGGCACCUUGAGUACGAGAAAAUUAGCGAGGAGGUUGCUCAUCCCGAGACUCUCCUCCAGUUCUGUGUUGAACUCUCCAAAGAGAUCGACGAACAUCUCUUGUCUGAGUAG